UCGAAUAACAUCUUGUUUUAGCAAGAUGAUAAUUUUCAUAUAAUAUUAAUAAUUAUUAUGAAAAUCCUAAAUAAAAACGAAUAUAAUGAAAUUCCAAUACCAGAAAUAACAAAUAUUAAAAAAACAACUAUGUAACUAAAAACGUAAUUAAUCUAACAGCAAAAUGAAUAAACUUCAAAAAUAAUACUCAAAUUUCUAAGCAAUGAAGAGUGUCCGGUUAUUACUAACAAUUUCUAUAGCACUGACAGCAUAUCUGGGAGAUUAUGUUGUUUUUAAAUCGAAAUAUUCAAGUUCUCAGCUGUUCCGAGCGUUGGCAGACAGCUCUACCCAUGGAGCUAUCGGCUUUUUGUCGGCGCUAUUAUUCUUUAGUAAUAUAAAAAUAACAAAUCAAGCUUGUAUUUAUAAUACUAUUUUCUGCACGUUCAUGUCCUCAGUAAUCGACGUCGAUCAUUUUAUUUUGGCAAGAUCAAUUUAUCUGAAGGAUUUAAACAACGUAAGCCAAAGAGGUAUCCUUCAUUGUACAACGUUUAUGAUGCUCGUAACGUCAAUUCUUGCUCUGUAUAGUCACAUUAUUCAUAAAAUCAACAUAUACAUUGUAACCUAUAUGAUAGUAUUGGCAUUUACCAGCCACCAUUUAAGAGAUGGUAACAGACGGGGGCUAUGGUUGUGUCCGUUCGGACACACAAUGUCAAUACCUAAGUUUAUAUAUGUAAUAUUGAUUUGUAUCCUUCCGAUAUUAUUUUCUUAUUUAUUUAAUUAUACCAGACCAAUGUUUAAGCAUACUGUACUGCAAUAUAACGAAGUUUAAUAUUCUGGUUUUCAUUUUUAAGUGUUGCCGUUUUAAUUAAUAUU